AUGAAAUUAAUUUUAUAUUUUGGAAAUAUACAAUUAAAUUCAAACCAACAACAACAACAAAAACAACAAAUUAUAAACCCACAAGAUCAUAUGGAAUGUGAAAUAUGUUUUUACAUGGUAAGAUUAUUAAAAGAUUUAUUAGCAGAACAAAGAACAGGAGAUGAAAUCAUCAAAAAAUUAAAAAUUUAUUGUGGUUUCCUUCCAGAAGAUGAUGAUCAAGUUUGCAAACAAAUCAUUACCAAUAAUGGUACUAAAUUAAUAGAAACUGAACGAAAUUCAUUAGGUUGA